AUGUUCCAGUGGAGCGUUCUUCUCUUUCUCACCAUAAUUGCCAAUAUGAUGGCUGUGUGUAUAAGAGGUGAUCUUUUCAUUAACAGUCGAAAGCAGGGUUACGACCCACACCAGCUUGAUGAAGUACCGUCGAAAGAGGCCUUAAUACAAAUGGAGAACUCGGAAAUUGAAAUUGUAUUCGAAGAUGAAGAUAGAGAGACACAGUUGUGA